ACGCUGUCUACUUCUCCCAAUCAUUCAUGUCUACUACGCGCCCGCGUCCAAGGCCACGUCCAGUGGCAAAGCCCAAGGCAUCCUCGACAACGGUCAACUCCAACACAACACCAUCUCCAGUGCAACCAUUUUCUUCCACGAGUGCCACACAGACCUCUAGUGCAGGGAACAAGUUAGACGACGAAGAUGCUAUAUUCUUGCGUAAUCGCGGAAGAACCUCUCAAUGCUGGAACAAGCUUCGGGAAAUGACAAAGGAUACUCCAUCCGAGGAAGCUGAUGAGGACGACCUUGAAUGGGGUGAACGAACUGAGCCGGAAUCUACGCCGAGGCAUCGCAAGAAGAAGCCAAAUAAAAAGCAUGAAUUACCUCGGUGGCAAGCGGCGGACAUAGUCACUCUUCUUUCUUCAGAUAAUGAAGAGGACGAUUUUGAAAUCACGGAGAACACACCACAGGCCUCACGUAACGACGCGUCCCCCCGAAAACGAAAAAGAGAUCGUAGUCGCUCAAGAUCCAUCACACCGCCCCCGCAACUCCCCAUACACCAACUCAAUAAUGCAAGGGCAUUGGUCAGACAAGCGCUUGCUGUUGCACCACCUCGCGCCCCCUCACCAAUUCAAUUGCCCGAUGAUCCAACAGAUACUUCUGACUUGAAUCCAGAGCUCGCAAAAAUUGCCGAGGAAGUCCGUAGGAGGGCUGCAGCAACCAAGAAUGCUCCAGAACAAGGCGGCGGACCAGAGUUAGUUAUCAUCAAGGUCCGAUGGCAGCCUCAUCCACUGAAUACAGCGGGCGCAAAAGAUAUAUGGAACUUUAAGAUGAAAAGACAUGACACAUUCCAGUACUUGUUUGAGGAAUUGGCAGACUUAGCCGCUGUAUUAGUUGACCAUCUUGUCGUCAGUCACGAUGGAAAGCGUCUGUUUGCUUCAGGCACACCUCACGGUCUUCGAAUUUGGGCAGAAGGAGAGCUCGAAGCAUGUGAUCAAACAACUUGGGAUUACAUACGUGCUCAACGUCAUCAACAGGCUCCAAAGGCCGAUCAGUCAUCAUCAAGGAAUUCUCCGUCUCUGGAAAGAGAAUCGGAUGCUGAGUCGGAAGCCGAGUCCACUGCUGGCGACAAAAUUAAGCUGGUGCUCCGGUCCGCGGCUACCGAGGACAAUAUUAAUCUUACAGUUCGACCUACAACGACGUGUGGAGCCAUCGUCAAAGCAUUUCUCAAGGCAGCUGGUCUAUCUGAUCGAUACCCUACUUCGUCUUCGAAUGGCAAGCAAACAGGACAAGCCAAGCCUCAGCUAAUGGUUGACGGUGAUAAGAUGGCAGAUAGCAUGGAAAUCGGAGAGGCGGACGUGGAUGAUGGAGAUUUGGUCGAAGUUGUUGGGCUCUGAGAUCUGAUCAUCGAGCCCAGUUUGAAUGGUUCCUCGGAGGCAUUAUAGCUUAC